GAGUCGCGAGUGGCGAAAGUACGUGCAAAAUGUAGAUCCUUCGGAUAGUUCCAGAUUUUCCUUAUAAAAUCGCGAAAACCCGUUGCAAUCGUUCGGAAAAUAGUGGCAUUGUGCGCCUUUAGUACUAAUCUUGUGCAGUUAAUUGAAAACAGUAUCAAUAUUCUAAGGUAAAUCCGCGGAAAGUGACAGACCACUUGAAGAAAGUUCGAAUUUUCACUUCGGCUGUGGAUUACAACCACAACUACACAAGCCCUCUGUAGUCGAGGGGGUGAGGAAGUUUUCGAGACUUUUGUGCACCUUCUGUCGGGGGUGGUCAGAAGUGCAAAGUGCGUGCGAGUGCCCAUUCGAGUUACCACGGCGGGAAUCGAAUUUUUCUGUGUGCGUAGUAAGGUUUAGCGCCGUGCCAUAAGCAAGAUUGUGUACGUGAAACUGUGGUGUUUAUUUUCCUUUUGCGGUCACCACUGUGCAAUCCGCCCCAGUUCGAUCUGGAUGGGAUGAAACGCGUACCAAACCACAAAAACCGCGAUAAAAGUUGGAAUUGUAGUGCUGAUAACUACAUCGUAUAGUGAAUAUUGAUGAAUAUUUGUGGCUCCUGAAAUAUUGUGGGAUAAAAAGUUGUUAAAUAAUCAGUUUAACUAGCAAAAAACUGAAUCCGACUGUUGGCACGGUUUAUUACUCAAAGAUCACCCUCAACAUUGUAACCCGUAAAAAACAAAAUAAGACAACACCCGACUGUAACGAACCAUAAUGUCGGUGAAGGUAUGCUUUGAAAUCGGCCACGAGGCAUCAAUGAAGCCACGAUCUACUCCAGAAGGAUACACUCAUGACUGGGAACUGUUUGUGCGAGGUCUUGAUGGAACCGACAUCAGUCAUUUUGUAGACAAAGUUGUUUUUACUCUGCAUGAUUCUUUUCCCAAGCCAAAACGGGUGAUCAAGGAACCUCCGUAUGUCGUUAAGGAGCAGGGAUAUGCCGGGUUUAUUCUGCCCAUUGACAUCUAUUUCAAGAAUAAAGGCGAUGAACCGAAGAAAAAGGCAUUUUCGUACGAUUUGGAUUUGCAAUCUUACAAACUGCAGCGAGAGGAAUGUGUGAUCGCCAACCCUUCGGAUGAUUUCAAAAGAAAACUUUUGAAAGGUGGUGGCACGUUACUGAAUAGCGGAAUGAGUGCUCCAGCAUCGUCAGGGGAUUACAAACGACACGGAGGAAGUGGCGAGAAAAGUAGCUCAUCACAGGAUAAAAAAUAUAAAAAAAAUUCUGGAGACGAUUCAAAGGUGCAAAGUACCUUUGCAACUCUAUUCGGUCCGCCUAUAACCAAAGGCAGCAGUAAAGUAUCGCCUGAUCCAGCUAAACAAAAUUCUUUGUCGUCUAAUAAGUCGUCUCCAAGCGGGGGAAGCAGCGUUGGGAGUAGCAAAAAUCAGCAAACAAGCUCGAAAGGUGAGCGCUCCAGUUCAAGUUCUUCAAAGGACAAAGAUAAAUCUGAUAAAGAUAAGUCAUCUAAACAUAAACACUCAAGCCCCAAUAAAGAAAAAGAAUCUAAAAAGUCAUCAAGUAGCGAGGACAAGCAUAGUAAGGAAAAGAAAGACAAAAGUCAUUCCAAAGAGAGGGACAAAACGAAGGAAAAAAGCUCAAGUUCAUCCUCCCUUUCAAAGCGACCCGCAAGUCCAAAGCGAAACAGUUCUUCAACGAUCCCUGCUCCAACGAUGACCAACAGUCCUUCGACGAAGCGGCUUCCUUCGCCUUCGGUACCGCCUACAGCAACCGUACCAACGGUAAAUAACAGCAGUACCAAGUCGGAAGAAAAAUCUUCUAGUAAGCAUAGUGGCGAGAAAGAGAAAAAGAAGGAGAAGAAAGACAAGAAAAACUACGACAAAGAGAAAGAGCGUAGUGAGAAGAAAGAUAGAGAUCAGAAGAAAGACAAAGAACACGAAAAAAGCAGUAGUUCUACUUCCGAUAAGCCUAAAUCGGAUAUAAUUAAGCCGAGCAAAUUGGAUGCUGCAAAACUAGAUCAAAAAUUGUACUCCAAAGACAAAAAAGUCCCUGAGGAGCCACCCAAAUCAACACAUUUGGAGGUGCCUCAAUUACAACAACCCGCAGUGCCCGCACCAGCACAAGAAGUCAUCAAGCGAGUUGAUAAAAGUGAAUCAAAGGAAAGGGAUAAAGAAGAAAGGAAGCACAAACACAAGAAGAAAGAUAAAUCUAAAGAUAAAGAAAAGGAGCGAUCUUCCAGUAAUAAGGAUAAGAAAGAUAAAAAAGACAAAGAUAAAUCAUCCACUAAUAAACCAAGUUUUCCUACUCCUCCCGCUAGAGAACUGGAACCAACUAUUUCUCCUAUCAAACCGGCAAAAUUGAUAGAUCCUAUCAAAUCUCUUCAACAAGAAAGAGAAACGCAACCACCGCCUCCUCCCAAAACCACUCCAUUAAGUUCAUUGGUUGAAGAACUUAGCGCCGACAACAGUAGCGAUUCCGAAGUAGACAGUCCUCCUUCAAUAAUUCAAGACAAAGAUUCCGAAAAUUCCAAUAGCAGUAUAGCGGACUUGUUAGCUGCAAGGCCGCCAUCGGCUGCAUCCUCAUCUAGUAUUACAAAGCAGCAGGAACCGAGACAUGUUCCUGAACCACCUGCGACGGUCUUGGAACCUCCGAAACCGGAGAAGAUUCACCACAAGAAUAAAAAGGAAAAAAUAAAGAGCAACUCUGCCGAGAGUAAGGAUGAAAACAAGAAGCGAAAACGGAAAAAUAAAGAUACUGAAGGUGAAAAGGAGAAGGACAAGAAGCCAUCUACCGCCUCUAACGUGGCAGUAGUCCGAAGGAGUCCUUCACCUCCAACGCCACCACCCACACUCAUGGAACCACCUGCUAAGAUACCCAAACGAGAUGAAACCUACACCAAGCGUGAGGAGUCGCCAGCAUCCAACAACAACAACCACUCGAAAAUGCCUCCGCCAGAAGACAUCGGCACGACCUCCUCCUAUUACAACAAUAACAACGCUUCCACCGUUCCGAUAGUGUCGCCAGCGCAUCUUCCGCCGCCCACGUCAUCUCAACCAAGCAAUAACAGUUCCAGUGCGACCACUAUGACAAGCCUGUCCGGUGAUUACAUGUCGGAACUGAAAGAUUUGCAGCACAAAAUCAUGACCCUGCAGGAUAACAACGAACUGCAGAGGGUAGUGGAGAUGAUCGCCGCCACCGGAUGCUACGAGAUCACCAGUGCAACCUUCGAUUUCGAUCUCUGUGCGUUGGAUCGGCAUACCGUUCAACGGUUGCAGGAAUUUUUCGCCACAUCCUGCUCGUCUUGACAGUAAGUUCCUUCUCGCUCGACGUUUAAAAAACAGGUAGUUUUAGUUCGGAUUUCUUUUAUUGCUUAGAAAAAAUUCUCUCAAACCGAAGAUUUCUUUCCGUUUUUUAUCAUGUUUUAUAACUUAUUGUGCAUUAAUUUAUAGUUUUAUUUAUUUCCGAUAUGUACCGUUUAUCGAAUCUUGUUGAAUAUUUUAAUGGUGCUUCGACCGAGAAAAAAAGUCAGUCUUCUCAUUCUGAGAUUUAGUAGAUAUUGAAGAAAGCACUAUGGACAUUGUACAAAAUAAAAAUCAUCAUAUAAAGCCAACAUUUUGUAUGAUAUAGCACUCACUUUCAAUCAAGACUGCUGUGUUUACGUUUGUAAAGUGUGCGCCAUUUGAAAGGAAUCUGUGUAGAUACUAUACGAUUAGUGAAACUCCCCUUUCUAUAAACAUUAGGCUUAAAUAUGCGUUUAUUGUAGUGGAGAUCAGAAUUACAGGAAUAAUGUUGGAAUGAGCAACAGAACAAAUGUGGCAUUCUUAGGUGAUAAGUAUUUGUGUGAAAGUCAUUUUCAGUUUACUUCAAAUCAAACGAAAGCUUGUACCUAUUUUGGAAAAUUUAAAAAUAAAUUUUCAUGGUAGGGUAUCUGUUCCAUUACAGCAACAUGCACCUGUAUUAAUUACAUUCGCAAAUGUGGCGAAUUUGGGUUAAUUUGUGUCAUUGCUAUCAUGCGUCUGCUGAAAAAACAUCACAGAAAUGUAAAACAAAACAAUUUGCGCUUCAAUUCUUUGUUUUCGACUGUCAAUCACACAUGGGUACAUGUGAUUAACUCAAAGAGCAGUAACCAUAUUUUAGUCAAAAGUGCACAGUACUGGAACAUUUCAAAUAAAUAUGUACUGGAAUAUUUCGAAUAUGUAAAUAUGCACGCAAACUAUAUACACUAUUCUCGAGAAUGUUUUCCACCCGAAAACAUCGUCCAAGAGAUCGAACUUUGGAAUGGCAAUGCUACGCCAUUGCCUGCAAGGCUAACUGGACACCUUUCUCUAUUCUAUCAAUUUCCACUAUUUUUAUUAAGACGACCGUGAAAUUCAAAUAGGUAGAAAGUGCCUAUCGACAAUACGGGUCUGCGAUGUAAAUAUUUUUCUUCAAAACUAAAAACUGUUUACAGAAAGUAUCUUGGAAAACAUUGGUUGUUUACAAAAUCAUUUGGGUACUCCCAAAUCGCAAAAAAAAUGGUUCUGAACUCGGACUUCUUUCGAAGCGUUUCACCUCACUUAAGAUUUAGAACACAACAUUCGGGGUUGUGGUUCGGAUUAUUUUCUUAAUUAUAAAAUUGAGAAUAAGAAUUGUCAACAGCACUAUUCAAUUCAAAAAACCAAUCUAGAAAUCUGCAGAGAUGGAUAAAUAUGAAAUUUAUUCAUUUUUGGUAUGCUACUUCAAAACAACAUCAAGCGUUCAUUCGCAAUCAUUCCUUAACAUGAUUAUUUACGAACAGAUACUUCAUUAAUGAACUGUGAACAGAUCAUGCUAAUGAACUCAGUUGCAAAGCUUUCGUUUCUUUUGAAAUUCUCCGGAAUGACUGACGUUAUUUUACCUAACAACCAACACAACACUAACGUACUUUAACAUACAUAAAACAUUAUAACCAGGAAUAACUGUUGUAAAACUCAAAGCAUUCAACAUCACAAAAAAACACAUAAUAAUAUGUAAAUAUUCAUAAGUCAUUAGUCUAGAGGAAAGCAGCAAGCAACUAAUGCUCAGAGCUGCUUGUAAUGCUAAUCCCUUGAAAUAUAAGAUUACAGAAAAGUCUACAUAGAUUUGAAUCCUUUUAGUUUAUCCCUGAACCAUAUAAUUUGCUAUACAUAUAACUAAACACGUCAACUCUAGAAUAAAUGCAAGCAUCAGAGUCAGCGCCAUGCAAUAUUUGUAUAUUUGUUGGUUACUAUAUUAUAUAUGGUAUAUUUAUGUUUAAUUCGUAAAUCAUUGUUGAAACAAUCGCGAUGAUCCAAAUCAUAUUAAAGUAUCGGAAAUUAUUCCGUUAAUCAAAUAAUAAAAAUACGGCGCGAGUAUUUGUGUAUAGUUUGAAUGGCGUAUACGGAAUGAUACAUGUACGAAUAAUACUAUACUUGGUAUAUGUUGGAAACAGAUAUUGGCAUCGCGAAAUAGAAGAAACUGCUGAUGUAUUUACAAAACAAUGCUGAAGGGAGGCCGGUUUGUCGAAUUAUUUUGCAGCCCUAUCUCAAAACAUACAAUCGAAUGCAGCUGUUCUGUCUAUGACCACAGAUCAGUCGCUUAUGAAUUGCAAUCUCAGCAAAAACUGGGACUGAUAUGUGUUCUUAGGCACUACUACUAGUUGUUAGAUGAACUUAUGAUAGAAUCACACCUACCAACCUAUAACAUCGUAUAUUAUCGAUUUGUCGUCCGUUUUUGUGAUGGUAUAAGCGCUCAUUCAUUAGCUAACUUUAUUCUGACUUACGUUAUAAAGCAUUUAGGGAUUAUUUCUCCAGGUAAAACAGAGCAAACAAAACCAAUAAAAUAAGCAAACAAUGAAUGCA